UCAUUGCCUCUGACAGUUUGCUGUGUCAUACUGUCAUUUGCGUUUAGUUUACAACCUCAUUGAUGUAAACAGAUUCUUCGUAUCUUCGUAAAAUUAACUCAAUUCUGAAUAAAUUUUUGAUUCUAAAAUGACUACGGAAUUAGUUUUGAGUGUGCGUUUACCAUCCCAAACGCCGUCGACAUAUAAAUUAAGUGAUAUAAACUUGAAAAAUAAAGUUGAAGAACUAAGAAAUGAGGCUGCAGGAAAAACUAACCUCCCUAAAGAUUCGUUCGAACUCAUCUACUGUGGCUGCAUUUUAGAGGACGAUGCCACACUCGAGUCAUGUGGCUUAAAAAAUGGAGCAACGGUUCACAUUUUGAAAAAAAAUGCUCCAGAAACACCUGUUCCUGCGAAAUCUAUUUCAGACAUCAGCGUAACACAACUUGCAAAUGCUUUUCAAUCUUUCAAUGCGAAUCCUGCUCUUCGCAGUGCUUUACAUCGGUUAAGUAAGCGCCCGGAAGUUAUAGAGAAUAUCAUAUCUUCGUCUCCAGGACUCAGCGAAGAUGCUGUUGCAAUCGCAAUGCUGCAAGAUCCUGAUUUGAUGGCUCAUUUCACCGACCCGGACACAGUUAAAAGAAUCGCUGAACUCCAUCCACUUCUGGUGGAAGCAGCUCAGCACAUAUCAACAGCUGUCCACGAGGAAGCUCACAACAGUGCAGCCAGCAGUUCCGAUCCUUCAAGUUCAAAUGCACCCUCAACAGCUUAUUCUUACAGUUUGGAUAAUAUGAGCGACGACGAAGAAAUGGCUGGCGAUUCAUCCCAGUCAUCAGAUUCCGCUCUAGGUAGACAUCAGUCCAAUUCAGCGAUCACGACAGCUCAAUUGGCUGCAGCUCUAUCGAGAGCUGGAGGAAGAGGCUUUCCUCACAGUGGCUCAUCAACCUCAUCUUCGAGAGCCAGCAGGAAUUCAGGAUUAAUCACGACUGAAAUGUUUUCCCAAGCAAUGCAACAGGCAUUUGCAUCGGCUCCUGCUCCUGCUGCUCCUGUUUCUGCUGCUGCGUCAACCACUCCUCAAUCCGUCGAUAUUCAGAGACAAUUGGCGCAAAUGCACGAAAUAGGACUUUUGGAUGACGCUGUCAAUCUUCAGGCUCUCCAGGUUACUAGUGGUGAUGUACAAGCGGCGAUUGAAUUAGUUUUUAGCGGAUUCAGUGAUAAUUGAAUAAGUAGUGCAGUGUUUGAAAUACAGAUUUUUCUCUAGUGUUUUCCACCUUUGGCAAUGAUUCUUUCAAAUUUUGUAUUGCUUUCAUAUCAGUUUAUUAAUAAUAAGAAUCGUUAGUGAUUAGUUUUAUAAAUCAUUAAGUUGUGAAAUAUAAUUGGAGUGGAUGUCGAUAUUUUUGGAAAAAUGGUCACUUUAAGUAGCUUCUGGAAUAAUAAGAUUUGUGUUUGCGAACUAAAAAUUUAGGGCAGAUAAUUAUAAAAUAAAUUCGCGUUGGUACCUAA